AUGCGCCCUCCGCGCAGCGAAACACGCCCCCUACAACUAGGACUCGCCCUCCGCACAUCAGGACCCGCCCCCUACAGCCUAGGAUACGCGCUCCGCACAGCGGGACACGCCCCCUACAGGCCGGGACCCGGGCCCCGCAGCUCGGGACACGCCCCCUACAGACGAGGGCACGCCCCCCGCACAGAGGGACGCGCCCCCUACAGGCUAGGACACUCCCUCCGCACAGAGGGACACGCCCCCUACAGGGCGGGACACGCCCCCUGCACGCUAGGAUACGCCCUCCGCACAGCGGGACACGCCCCCUACAGGCCGGGACACGCCCCCUACCGACUAGGAUACGCCCCCCGCACGGCUACGCCCUCCGCCCAGAGGGACACGCCCCCUAAAGGCCGGGAAAAGCCCCCGCUCUGCAAGGCAAGACACGCCCCCUACAGGCCGGGACACGCCCCCGCACUGCAGGCCGAGGCACGCCCCCACACCGAGAGAAACCACGCCCCGCACACACUAGGAUACGCCCUCCGCACUGCGGGACACGCCCCCUACAGGCCGGGACACGCCCCCUACAGCCAAGGAUACGCGCUUCGCGCAGAUACGCCCUCCACACACCGGGACACGCCCCCUACAGGCCGGGACACGCCCCCACACUGCAAGGCACGACACGCCCCCUACAAGCCGGGACACGCCCCUUACAGACUAGGAUAUGCCCUCCGCACAGCGGAACACGCCCCCUACAGCCUAGGAUACGCGCUUCGUGCAGCGGGACACGCCCCCUUCAGCCUAGGACACGCCCCCCCAACAGCGGGGCGCGCCCCCUACAGCGUAGGAUACGCGCUUCGUGCAGCGACACGCCCCCUACAGACUAGGACACUCCCUCCGCACAGCGGGACACGCCCCCUACAGGCCGGGACACGCCCCCGCACUGCAGGACAGGGCACGUCCCCCGCACAGUGGGACGCGCCCCCUACAGGCCGGGACACGCCCCCUACAGCCUGGGAUACGCGCUUCGUGCAGCGAGGCCGGGACACGCCCUCUGCACGCUGGGACACGCCCUCCGCACUGCGGGACACGCCCCCUACAGGCCGGGACACGACCCCUCACUGCAGGACAGGGCACGCCCCUCCGCACAGCGGGACACGCCCCCUACAGGCCGGGACACGCCCCCGCACUGCAGGACAGGGCACGUCCCCCGCACAGUGGGACGCGCCCCCUACAGGCCGGGACACGCCCCCUACAGCCUGGGAUACGCGCUUCGUGCAGCGAGCCCGGGACACGCCCCCUACAGGCCGGGACACGCCCCGCACAGCAGGGCAGGGCACGCCCCCCGCACAGCGGGACGCGCCCCCUACAGGCCGGGACACGCCCUCUGCACGCUGGGACACGCCCUCCGCACUGCGGGACACGCCCCCUACAGGCCGGGACACGCCCCCUCACUGCAGGACAGGGCACGCCCCCCCGCACAGAGGGACGCGCCCCCUACAGGCCGGGACUCGCCCCCUGCAGCCUAGGAUACGCGCUUGGUGCAGCGAGACACGCCCCCUACAGACUAGGACAAUCCCUCCGCACUGCAGCCCGGGACACGCCCCCUACAGGCCGGGACACGCCCCCUGCGCGCUAGGACACGCCCUCCGCACAGCGGGACACGCCCCCUACGGGCAGGGACACGCCCCCUGCACGCUAGGACACGCCCCCCGCACAGCGGGACACGCCCCCUACAGCCUAGGAUACGCCCUCCGCACAGCGGGACACGCCCCCUAA